AUGAGCACAGAGGACUCUAGCAAUGGGACCUCUCCCACCCCACCUCUCCUUGGGCUUCUGGUUUCAACCACGGAGCUGGUCCCACCCAGCAUCCCAUCCCCUGAGAUGAGAGACCCACUGUCUGUCAUCGUCGCACUCGUCUGCAUCUUCCUCCUCCUGGCGACCUUCCUCAUCUUUGUCACCCUCUGCAAGCCAGCAGCACUGGACCAGUCCCUGUCUGGACCCCAGGAGUGGAUGCCCCACCACCCACUGGAUGCCAGUGAGCCCCAGCUGAGGCUCUGGAAGCGCCUGGGCUCCCUGAGGGGCUCCAUCAGCAGCUUCAGGAGGAGCAAGCCAGUGUCUCAGAGCCAGCUCUCCUGCCCCAGGAGCUCCCCUGCCAGACAGGACUGGGACAUCAUGGAGUCCACCAAAAUGUGA